GUCGACAGACAGCCCUACCACCGGCUCCCCCGUCUCCCUGACUACAUAGGAUUUCGAAUAGUCAUGUUCGCCUCUUCGAAGAAGCCCUUUUCCGCCAUCUCUGUUCACGUCGAGCAACUCACGUCCGAAACGUACGAAGAGGAUGAUCUGGCCGGCAUUCCGGAGCUGCUCGAGGUGGUGAAGCUCCAAGCCACUGGCUCGCAAGAGGUGGCUCGGGCCUUGAGAAAGAAGUUGAAGUACGGAAAUGCUCAUCGCCAACUCCGAGCUCUUGCCAUUCUCGACGGUCUGUUGCAGAAUGGAGGAUCUCGGGUUCAGAGAGCUCUCCUCUCCGACGGGCCACUCCUCGAGCGUCUCCGGAUUGCCGCCGUUGAUCCUCUUUCCGACCAAGACGUGCGGGCCAAGUGCAAGGACCUUUUUGGUCAAUGGGUAGCGAGUUCCAAGACCAAUCCGGGCUUGGAAGGUGCCAAGUCACUUUACAACCAACUACCAAAGACACACAAACCCGUUCAGCAAAGACGGGAACAAAGCAGAGUCCUUCGGGAAACGGAAGAAGACGUACAACGCGAGCAAGAGCAGGAUUACUCGAGGGAACGAUCCAACAGCUCAGCCCGGGCAGGAGAGCCAUCUAGUCCGACGACUCUCCGGAAACAAAGCACUCCCGUGGCCUUGGGCUCGUCCUCCACCUUCACUUCAAAGAAAGUCAAGAAGGACAAGAAGAACAAAGGUCAAGUCUUCAACCUAGAACGGGAGAAACCACAGAUUCUACAGGCCAUUGCCGCCUCUUCGGUCGCAUCUACUGGCUUGAGCAACGCCUUGAAGAUUGUCAAUCGAGAGCGGGAACGGGUAUCUAGCAAUGCAGAGGUCAUGAAGCGUUUCGAGACGUGUAAGCAACUCCGCCGUCAGAUUCUACGAUAUAUCCAACUAGUCGAGACGGAGGAGUUUCUUGGUGGAUUGAUUCAUGCCAACGAAGAGCUAGUCAAUGCUCUCAUGGCCUUUGAGAUUAUGGACAAGUCUAUUGAUGACGACUCGGAUAGCGAACUUGAAGAAGCACAACACCUCAGCAGGCAGCAAGCCAAGAGCGAGCAGGCAGCUGCACGAGACGCGGAGAGAAUGGUGGCAAAUCUCAGCAUUUCUGCUCCUCCAAAGCCACCACGGCCUGUCCAAGCUCCCACCCAGAUUGCCAUGCCUCCUCCAAGACCACUUGCUAGCAGCCCCGCCAAUACAAAGGCUCGUCAGCCAGACCCAGAGACCGAGAGUGAAAGCGAUUUCGACGACGACGAUCCUGAUGAUCCUUUCGGUGACAAGAACGCCAUGAAGACACCAGAUCCGGACGCCCUGGGCAAGAAAGGGGGUUACACUUGGCGAGAAGUCUAGGGUCUUGAUGCACAAGGCCUGGCGUGAGUUGGUGGGAUGGGAACUUUUUGUGUGGGAAAUGAAUGGACCAAGUCUCUUUCACUGUGGCAUACAGCGAACAACCCGUGUUACGACGAUAUGAACACCGAUGAUUGCAUUUCUGCGUUUGGAAGAUGAUGUAGCCUUGAGAAUAUUCAUCCUCUGCCUUCAACGGCCCAUGAUUUGAUUGAAUUAUCUCAUGAAGACCUUGACACUUUAUCGAUCUUCCGCUGAAUACACAAUUUAUUGUAAGAACCGGGAGUGCUGCCACUAGCGUUCAUUUGCCUAUUUAAUUGUCA